AUGGCGAAUGGAUGUCAGGACGUGUUAUUCACGCGAGGGGCCGGGCAGAGUGACGACUCCGAUAUUUGGGAUGACACUGCCUUGAUAAAAGCCUACGACAAGGCUGUUGCGUCAUUUAAGUCUGCCCUUAAGGGAGAAGACGAGGCACAAGCCUCAAUCAAAAUUCCUCCCGGAAAGAAGCGCAAAAACAACAAAAAGAAGGACAGCAGGAAAAGAACCAGUACAUCAACGGAUAAAGAAUGGCAAGUUGGAGAUUCCUGCUGUGCUUACUGGUCAGAAGACCGUCAACUGUACUCUGCUACCAUCUCCUCUGUGGACAAGGAUAAAGGCACGUGCAUAGUUGUCUACACAGAUUACGGCAAUGAAGAAGAACAGAACCUUGAAGACUUACUAUCAGAGAUUUCGGAAGGCAACCACGAAACCAAGACUACGACACAGGAGGCAGAGUCUUCCACAGAGGAGAGUGACCGGUCAACAGAACCAAGCCAGCACAAACAGCAUCUAAACAGUAAAACCCAAAGGGGCAAAUUCCACAAGGUUCCUCCUCCCAUGUGGGCUUCUGGAUUCCCUCCUCCAUGCCCACCUCCUAUGCCACCAUUUAGAAAGGGUGGGAAAAAACAACCUGGUAAUCAGGGGCAUUUCCCUCCCCCUUGGCAUCCUAUGAUGCAAUUUGGCCCACCGAUGAUCCCACCCCCUCCACCCAUUAGUCCAGACAUGGGAGAUGACGAGGCCAUGGGCAGCAUGCUCAUCUCAUGGUACAUGAGUGGGUACCACACAGGCUACUACUUGGGUUUGAAACAAGGUCGCAACAACGCUGCCAGAUGGAAUAAACCGCACCAGAAAUGA